AUGUUGAAUUUGGCGAAAUUCCACGAGCUUUCCGUCGAGAUACAAUCUCUAAUCUUAAAAGCUUGUGAGCCCAGAGAUUUGUCAAGAUUAUCACAAGCGUCGCGUGGGAUGUAUGAAUGUACUUUGCCGAUAAUGUACCGUCAUAUAAAUCUUAGCUCUCAUCGGACUACCUCUGAUGAUCUGAUCGACUUAAGAGGCUUUGUGUAUACAUCUUCGCAACACAAAGACAAUGUGAAGCGGCAGAACGCAUUCAUCAACACGAUUCUCAGGUUGCCCACGCUAGGAAAAUUCGUUUCGAGUUUAACUUGGACCAUCUAUCCGAGGCAGUGUUCAUAUCAACAGAAAUGCGAGGAUCAUGCAAAAAUAUUGUUUUACGAAGAUUAUUUGGGACCUUUAGCAAUUAUAACACCAGCGGUAUUCCCCGAAGCUACUGUCAUUAGAAUGGGAGGUAUUAUGCCCUAUAACUAUUUCCGCGCUUGUGUUUCGACGCCUUCUAUUGUAGCUUCUUUGGAGAUGGAAAAUCUUCAAGGCCUCCUACAACCGAGAGAUGGCUUUCGCCUUUCAAAUCAUGUUUUAUUUCAUCUGCAUGUUGGCGAUCAUUUCUGGUCAAACCAGACAAGAUACAAAGAGACUAAGGAUGAGAACGGAAUUCCUGUAUUGAGACACGCCGGCCCAAUGAGAGGGCAUCUAAAGCCUCUUAUUGGAAAAUUUGUCAGUCAAGGUCUUAGAUGGUCAGAAACAAGAGAAAGAAAGCGAUAUUCCGAAAUGGCAAGUUUCAUCACAUCGGUAGCACCCACACUGGUUACUUUUGCUUUUGAACAAGGAGUGGGACUUGAACCACUUGAAAAAAGGCAAGUGGAGUCGCAUAAUCAUACAUUCAUAUUGAGCUAA